GCCCCGCGCGAGGCGCCGGGAGAGCCCCGGGCCCCGACCCCUCCCCCUGAACGCCUGGCCCGGGAGCGGGACGGGGGCGGCGAUGGUGACUGGGCAGCGACGCGGGGCCGGGUCCUGGGCAGGGAGGCUCGGCGGCCUCUUUCUUUCUCUGCCCCCGCCCCUCUCCCUCCUCCCUCCUUGCUAGCCCUGCCGGCGGCCGCCGAGGUCGGCGCUCUCGUCUCGUCUCCUCCCCCCACCCGGGGACCCUCUCCUCUCCCCUCCCUCGCCCCCUCCUCUCGCCACCUCCUCCUCCUUCCCGGAGCGGCGAGCUGCGAGCUGCGAGGAGGCGUAGCGGAAAGCCCCGGCGGGGGUAAGGCUGCGAGCUCGGAGCCGGAGACGCGGAGCCGGGGCCGGGUCAACUGGGAAGCAGACUCUUGAAUUCACAGCUGGCUUGCGGUUUUUGCCUCUUGUUAAAGAGCACGCAGACAGGAAAGUACCUGGAAAGGAGGAGGAGGAAGACCCUGAAAUGCGUAUGACGUGGCUCUGUAUGUACGUGUGACAGCCAAAGCCAUUCCUAAACGGGGAAUUGUGACCGUUUGAAAUGGACUUGCCAAGCCUCCCUGCCGGGAACCUUCCUUCUUGCAAGAAAAGGAAAUUAUCAACUAAACCCUGAUUAGGGCAUGACAAGAAAAGAGAAAGAGAAGAGUUCAAGGAAUUAAAAACAGAGUCUUCUUCAGGAUAACAUUUGGGGUCAGGUGGCAUUUUUUUGAAGUUGUUCAUUGACACUUCCCAGCAUUCCUGCAGAUAAAAUAGAACUACAGCCUUAUUUCCCUACCCCUUGAGGCUGGGCUGGCCUUCUCACUCACUUGGAGUGACAGAUGCAGCACAAGCAUUGUGUAAGUUCCAGAGCCUAGACCUCGAGAGGUCCAGCAGCUUCUGCUUUUGCCCUGUUGGGACUCUGCCUUGAGACUUGUGUGGAAGGAAGCCAGCCCAGCCUACAGGAGGAUGAGAGGCCCAUGGACGAGAGCCGCGGUGCCGCCAUCAACAGGCCGCAUUAACUGCCACAUGUGUGAAUGAAGGCUCAGCGGGCCUUCCAGCAUGGCUGACCCCACUGAGAGCUGUGCAUCCAUGAGCUGGGGCAAAACCAGCAGAGGAACUGCCCGACGGCGCGUGGAAUCGUGAGGCCGCGCUCCGAGCUCGGACAUGGCAGCAUGACGGCCCGGCGCCGCGCUGCCAGACGCCGGCCAGAGGGAGCCCCAGGCUGUGGGAGUGAGCGCCCGGAGCAGCGACUGCUUCCUGAGGCCGCCUGAGCCUCCCUCCCCACCCGCUGGCUGUUCUUCUUCACCCCGUGGACUCCUGACUUCUCCGCCUGGAACAUCAAUAUGUGUCAUGUUAUUGUCACCUGUCGCUCGAUGCUCUGGACCCUCCUGAGUAUUGUGGUGGCUUUUGCAGAGCUCAUUGCCUUCAUGAGCGCCGACUGGCUCAUCGGCACAUCCAAGGGUCGCAGCGGCGCCGAGCCCGAGGACCGGAGCGGAGGCUCGUCGGAGCCCUACCACCCGACCUUGGGCAUCUACGCCCGCUGCAUCCGCAACCCCGGCGUGCAGCACGUGCCGCGGGAGACGCUGUGCGGGCCCUAUGCCGAGAACUUCGGCGAGAUUGCCAGCGGCUUCUGGCAGGCCACCGCUAUCUUCCUCGCCGUGGGCAUCUUCAUCCUCUGCAUCGUGGCCUUGGUGUCCGUCUUCACCAUGUGUGUGCAGAGCAUCAUGAAGAAGAGUCUUUUCAACGUCUGCGGGCUGUUGCAAGGGAUUGCAGGCUUGUUCCUGAUCCUGGGUCUGAUACUCUACCCUGCUGGCUGGGGCUGUCAGAAGGCCGUAGGCUACUGCGGACACUAUGCGUCGGCCUACAAGCCUGGAGACUGCUCCUUGGGCUGGGCCUUUUAUACCGCCAUUGGAGGCACGGUCCUCACCUUCAUCUGUGCUGUCUUCUCCGCACAAGCAGAGAUUGCAACCUCCAGUGACAAAGUACAGGAAGAAAUCGAAGAGGGAAAAAACCUUAUCUGCCUCCUUUAGUUUGGAAGAGACGUAAAUGCCCUUUUUCUUCCUGUGUCACCUUGUGAAAGAGUACCCCUCUGGUUUCCUCGUCUGAGUCAAGUGAAGAACUAGCCUUUACCUACCAAAGCCUACAUUCCACGGCCCCAGGCCUUAACAGGACCAGUGCGAGGCAACAUCCAGCUAAGUGACUGCGCUCAAGGGCCACAGUUCCAGCUGUCAGAGAUGGAACAGGAAACUACUGCAUGAACCCUGACCUGGAGUUGACGAGUCUGUCUGACUCCAUCUCCUCCAAAGCUCAUGAAGGAUGAUGAUCUAAAUCAUUAAGGCAGCAGUUCCUCUGGUAACAGGAGACUGUGAGCUAGAUUUGCAGGCUAUGUUGAGAUGUAUUUCUGCCACAAAGUUGUAGGCCUGUAAGCAUCACUGCCCCAGAAUGGGGUUUUGGGGUUGGUGUUUUUGUCUCCUCCUAGUUCUUGCGGGUCAUCUCAGAGACUAAAGUGAAGCCUGCAUACUUGCUGGGGAUAGGUAAUGUGUUCCAGGGCAUAAUAAGACACUGCCUCUUAGGACCAAAGGGGUCAGCAGGUCAGUGUGGAAUCCCACUGUGGAACUGAUUUUAGGCUGAAUUCCAGGGUAAGGUUGGAUCAUUUGAACCGUCCCUCCAAGAUUUUAGAAAUCUGAGUAAGAAUAAGGACCUAUAUGAUCAUGGGAAUAGAAGUAGAAAAAUCCUGCUAGGGAAGAGAAAUUCAUGCCACUGCCCAGCAGUCAGGCUAGCACCAGUACCGGCCCAGUCUCCUCUUCUAAAGGAGAUCCCAUAUUUUUCUCCUAGGGUUAGGAUCGAGCUUUGACUGCCAAAGGAAACCUCACCCUAUUUCCUCAUUCCAGGAACAGAGGUCUCCAAGCCAACUGCGGCUCCUUCAGAUACUCACUGAGAGAACUUGCCAGAAUCUCAGCACUUGCCAGGAGACCUUUUCCCACUGUUUGGUAACCAUGUGGUAGUCAGCUGUAUUUCCAACCCCAGCAGCAAUGGAAUGACCUUUGCAGGAAAAAAAGGAGCUAGUCACGGGAGUUCAGUUUCUCCAGUUACUAGUGUUGUUUCUGAAAGCAGACUGAAAGAACAUUAAAAUUAUUUCAGUGGGUGAGCUGCAUCAAGCCUUCAUACCCAGAGAAGCACAGAGUGGAAAUUUAAUGCAAAAAUGAGAGCUAGACCAAGCUCAUAGCACCUGCCUAUGCCUGUUUACAAAAAGAAUGGACCACCACUAUUAAAAAGGAUUCAGGAGCUUAUAAUCUAGUUUCUAUAAAUUGCCAAUAAAAUUGAUGCAGAAAAAUGGUAUUCACCACCACCUCAAAUUUACUUUGGAAUGAUCUCAGUGGCAAGCACCUAGCUGGGUAUUACCGAAGCUUCAGAAUUGCAGAAUGAUACAGAAACACUCCUUCACAGUUUAGCAAGUUUGGAGUGGACCUACAAGAUUUCUGGAAGAAUUAAAAGUACAGGUCUAUUUCGGCUUAUGAAUCUGUUCCCCUAAGAGCUUGCUUUGUUUUGAAAGCUUAACAAAUAAUAACUUUGCACCUUCUUUGGGUAAGGUAUUGUAUGCUAAGUACCACCAGGCAUAGAAACCUGAUUCAGAUUUUGCAACACCGCCUGAAGUGAAUCAUCUCCAGGCUGAGUCUAAAACCAUGCCUUGGUGCAAAACAAACAGUUGCUUUAUAUGUAGAGGGAACGGAGCAACUAAACUUUUAUUCCCUUCUUUGGGGCCUAUACCACAAACCACUUUAUCACCCAGAUUAAGAGCUAAGGGCAAGAGGGGUGGUGGUAUAGAACCAGGUCUUAAUCAGUUCACCUUUCUUAGACCAAAGGUCAGAGUAAGCAGGAUUUAAGUCCCCACAGACAUAGGGUAUGGAAGCCGAUGGACAGGGUUCCUGUCCCUGCUGUGUAUUUUUAUGCUCUAACCAACUCCCAGUGCCCACCGUAACUACUUUUUAAAUCUUGGCAGUAAUUUUCAUUCAAAAAAACAGCGGGGGAGGGGGGAUUCCUUUCAUCAGCAGUUUUGCUCUACUUUUUCUGUACAAAAUCAGUGUUAGGAAAUGGGUUUUCUUAACUCCCUUUUUUUACAGAAAAGUUUAAGUCCUAAGCCCUGAGGACCUUCUGAGAAUGGCCAUCAUUUUUACUACCUGACUGCUCUUUGGCUAAGGUGGUGGCAUAUCUCUAGAAUACCCUGAUAAAGCAGUAGUCACAAGUGAAAAUGCUACUUCUCUUGGCCAGAAGAAAUUCACUUGACUGUUUUUAUUCCAUUAGUCUGACUGCUACAGAUGACAAAGUACAUGCACACACAUACAUCACCCCAAACCACUAAAAACUACUUAAACACUGACUUAAUAAGCAGAGCAGAGAUGGAAUUUCUGUAGCAGAGACAGAGUAAGAACUAAUGUUGGGCCUUUUAAACCUUCAGUCCAUUAGCCAGGCUUUGGGAAAAAUGAAACGUCAAAAUCAUGCUAGUCUGCACCAACCUGUACAGCUGUUUAAAAACCACUGAAUACGAGGAAUGUAUUAGAAAUAUGUUAAACAAGUGGACUGAUUGUUGACCCACAUUUUCCUAAUAAAUAUCAAUCAUCUAAUCACCUCAGUCCAAAAAUCUAAUACACCUGGACCAUUACUACUACCAGAAAAGUCUUAUUUAUUUUUGCCUGCAUUUGUGCUUAAAGUUUUGUGAUGGGCUGGGCUUCAGUGAACUCCCAAGAAGGCAGAAAUACUUGCCUUGGAUUCUGUGGAUUUUUUAAACCUGUGUGCUAAUUCAACGAUGUUACACUUAAUUGUGUAAGGGUUUUUGUACAGUUUUCAAACAUCUGUGGUGUAAUGAUCUUUGUUAAACAUGUAAAGUGCCAUAGUCUUUUUUUAUGUGUAGCAUAUUUAAAAUAUAUAUAUGUAUAUUAUACAUACACAAGUCUGUGAAAGAUGUGCAAUAACAAAGGUGUAUGUAUGUUUUGUUUUUUUUUUGGAAACUGGACAGGAGUCAGAACAGGGAUUGUUUCUGUUUUGGCAAAGGAGAGUUAAACAUGUUUGCCUUCAUGGCCUAGUCAUUAACCCAUAACAAUUUAAAUGCUACACAAACCGAUGUGAAGAAAAGACUGGUAUGAAAUCAUUUAUUCCUGGGUCUACAUUAAAAUAAUCACUAGAUUUACGUGAAAAUUAAGCCAGCACCAGGCCCAGUUAAUGCUAGUCUUUCAUGUGAAAUGUGAAGCUGCCACAUUGCCUUUUCUGUUAGUGUGAAAACUAGUAGCUGGGACAUAAUCACUAAGGAGCUUUUUCUUAACAUGCUUUGAUAGACCACGUUAAUGCUAGACCACUAUUUAAGGGCUGAUCUCACACCUUCUUAGCCGUAAGAGUCUGGCUUAGAACAGACCUCUCUGUGCAAUAACAUGUGGCCACUAGGAAUCCCUGGCCUGCAUUUCUAUUUGGGCAGCGAUGACUCCCAAGGGCCAAAAGAGUUAAAGGCAUGACUGGGAUUUCUUCUGAGACUGUGGUGAAACUCCUUCCAAGGCUGGGGAGGUCAUUAGGUGCUUUGGAGGAACUCAGCAUCACUUGAUAUUCAGUAGCCACUUGAGCCAAAUAGAAAACUGUAUUUACCGCUAAUGGACUCAAUUUGAGCCUUCAAAUUUAUGGUUAUCCUAUUAUACUGUAAACUAAUACAUUGUUUGUCUAGCAUUGAUUAGGUUCCUGUGCAUAUGUAUUUCACAAUGCCCUCCCCUCCCCAGAUCGGAAUUAAACCAGAUUUUGGAAACUCAAUCUGAUUUUUUCAAGUCUAAGUAUAUUGGUUUCAACAGAAUUAGAUAAUUUUCCCAAGAAAACACCUAUUAUAACAUAA